AUGGAGAUGAUCUCACUGACCACAGAAGGUCAGGAGCUGGGAGACGUUCCCACUGACUCCACCCUGACCUCAAAGAUGGAGCAGCAGGAGAAGAAACUGAUGAAGAUCCAGAAGUUACACCAAAGUCUGCAGCAGGAGAUCCAGGAGCACAUGGAGGGGAUGGAGGUCGUUCGCACGGCUUUGAACCAACACAUCUCUGCUCGAGAAAGUCUAGGGCGAGAGUUUGAAGCCAGAGAAAGGGAACGCAAGAGGAUCGAGAUGUUAGAACUCCAACUGCAGGAGUUUGAAGACCUGAAGAAGCAGCAUUCUUGGACUGUGGAGAGAAACCUCAGUCUGGAGAAGGAGAAGAAGGAGCACUUUGAGCAGAUGGAGUUUGUUCAAAAGUGUUUGGACGAACAGGUCGCAGCUUCCCAGACUCUAGAACAAAAGCUAACUGAGAAGGAACGUGAAUGCAAGGAGGUCGAGGUCCUCAAACGCCAACUGCAGCAGUUUGAAGAGGUCAAAGAGCAGUAUUCUUGGUCUCUGAAGAGAAAUGAAAGUCUGGAGGAAGAGUUGGAAUAA